CCUGGCGGUGAACCGGGGCUGCGGGCAGCUGGGCGGCUCCGCGGGUCGGUGUCCAGAGAGCCGCGGGGCCAGAGUGCCCAGGGUUCACAUCACACUCCAGGAGGUGCCCGGGCUAGUUGGUUGGCUGGUGAGACCCGCAGGCCAGGACCAUGGGCUGCUACUUCUCUAAGAGGCGGAAGGCUGAGGAGUCGCGGCCCGAGAGUGAGGAGGAGCAGCCCAAGCAGUACAGCUGGGACCAGCGCGAAAAGGUUGAUCCAAAAGACUACAUGUUCAGUGGACUGAAAGAUGAAACAGUAGGUCGCUUACCUGGGAAAGUGGCAGGACAGCAGUUUCUUAUUCAAGACUGUGAGAACUGUAACAUCUACAUUUUUGAUCAUUCUGCUACAAUUACCAUUGAUGACUGUACUAACUGCAUAAUUUUUUUGGGACCUGUGAAAGGCAGUGUGUUUUUCCGGAAUUGUAGAGAUUGCAAGUGCACAUUAGCCUGCCAACAAUUUCGCGUGCGGGAUUGUAGAAAGCUGGAAGUCUUUUUGUGCUGUGCCACUCAACCCAUUAUUGAGUCUUCUACCAAUAUCAAGUUUGGCUGUUUUCAGUGGUACUACCCUGAAUUAGCUUUCCAGUUCAAAGAUGCAGGGCUAAGUAUUUUCAAUAAUACAUGGAGUAACAUUCAUGACUUUACACCUGUAUCAGGAGAGCUCAACUGGAGCCUUCUUCCAGAAGAUGCUGCGGUUCAGGACUAUGUUCCUGUACCUACUACUGAAGAGCUCAAAGCUGUUCGCGUUUCCACAGAAGCCAACAAAAGCAUCGUUCCAAUAUCCCGGGGUCAGAGACAGAAGAGCAGUGAUGAAUCAUGCUUAGUGGUAUUAUUUGCUGGUGAUUAUACUAUCGCAAAUGCCAGGAAACUAAUUGAUGAGAUGGUUGGUAAACACUUUUUCCUAGUUCAGACAAAGGAAGUGUCCAUGAAACCUGAGGAUGCUCAAAGGGUUUUUCGGGAAAAAGCACCUGACUUCUUUCCUCUUCUGAACAAAGGUCCUGUGAUUGCCUUGGAGUUUAAUGGAGAUGGUGCUGUAGAAGGAUGUCAACAUAUUGUAAAUGAGAUAUUCAAUGGGACCAAGAUGUUUGUAUCAGAAAACAAGGAAAAAGCAUCUGGAGAUGUAGACAGCUUCUACAACUUUGCUGAUAUACAGAUGGGAAUAUGAAAUGCAAUGUGGAACCAAGGACUUGGUUCUACACGUACUUUGAGGACAUUUGGAACAUUGGGGAUAAAAGAGAAAUCACAAGAAAACAAUAAAAUUGCUUCCCAUCGUAUAAAA